GCACAGGGAGAACGCUUUCCCUCGCAAGUGGAGAGUGCUCUGCAACCUUCUACCGAGCGCAUCGCAAAGAAACGAAGGAAAGCAACGAGAGGGUUCGAUUCGCAGAGAGUCAGAGAGAGAGGGAGCUCUGAGUUAUAUCCUGGAAAGUGAUUUAGAUUUAGAGUGUAAUAAUGGCAACAAUAUUGCGUUAGAAAGUGUAUGGAAAAAGUUGAAAGAUCAGGGGGGGGAGUUUUUCAGUGGAAGGGAAAAGGAUGAGCAGUGACUGGGGACGCAGGGCAACUCACCAAAAGGACGGCUUCAAAAGUGUGGUAGACGGAGGGCAAUGGAUGCAAUUACAACCACCUCCCUCCCGCUGGAAGGUUAAUAAAUGCCGAAGCAGAGGGAAGAAUUUUCUCUCUCUAGACAGUAGAUUGGCAGGACAGCUCUCUCUCUCUCUCUCUCUGCCUGUCUCUUCCUCUGCCUCUCCCUCUAUCACAAUUAUGUUCCUUUCCUGGCCGGUAGAUGAGUAAGUGAAGAAGUUUUCUCCAGCACUAGUAAAUACCAAGAAGACCUGCCUCUCUCUUUACACACACACCCACCAGCAUGGGCUGUGCUACCUCCAGGCUAGAGGGCGAGGACACUGUCAGCCAGUGCAAGGAGCGCCGCCGCCUCAUGAAACAGGCGGUGAAGUCCCGCCACCUCUUCGCGGCAGCUCACUCCGAUUACCUCCAUCACCUCCGCCUCACUGGCGCCGCGCUCUCAAACUUUGCUGCUGGCGAGUCCCUGACUGUUUCAGAAGGGACUCCUCCAGUUUUCCUCCACCGCGCUCUCUCCUCGUCCGCCGACCAUCCUCCCCGUCCUCCGCCCCUCCAAUCGACCGCGAAUUCUCAUUCCUUCCGCGCGGUCUCCGCCUCCACCUCCCACUUGCCAUCCCCGGCGAACCCACACCCUCCCGCCAAAACUCUACCUACAGGGAUCAUGUCCGGCAAAACGAACCCCGCGUCCUUCUUCACCUCAUCACCGACCCACUCCAACGCCGGGUCUUCCCGUUCGUCCAAUUUCCCUUUCGCCGGAAAACCACUGUUCGCUGAUAAGACGAACUCCGUCUACUCGAACAUGUCCCCUUCACAGUCCUCAUCCUCAAUGUGGAACUGGGAGAAUUUCUACCCGCCAUCACCUCCAGGGUCGGAUUUCUAUCGGCAGCGCGCGGAAGUGAAAUCCCGCGAGCACGAGGCACACGCCACCGCCGAGCACGAUGAUCACACUACCGGAGAGCGGGAAGAGGUGCGGUGCAGCGACUGGGGAGACGGGUACUUCUGCAGCACGAGCGCUAGCAGCUCCGACGAUGAGGACGGCCGGAGCGGCGGCGCGCCGGAGAACGCGGAAUCUCGCUCGGAGAGUUGGGUUCCGGCGGAGUCCGCGGACAAGUUCAGCCGUAAAUCGGAUACCGAGGAGGUCGUUGACUCCUCAGUGAAGUGGAACGACGGCGUGGCAGAAUUGAAGAUAGUCAGGAGGCACAAGGAUCUAGCAGAGAUCGCGGCAGCUCUUGAAGAGUGCUUCGUGAAGGCAGCCGAGGCCGGGAAGGAGGUGGCAGAGUUCCUCGAGAUGGAUAGGGAACAGCUAGAUCGGAAUUUCCGGAACUUGACGAAGAAAGUGUAUCACUCAAACAAUUUCUUCGCCAACCUUUCAUCAAGUUGGACGUCAAGACCUCCAUUAGCAAUCAAGUACAGCAUGCAGGCAGGGGCUCUUACAGAAUCAGGCGGCAGGAAAAGCCACUGUUCUACGUUGGAGCAGCUCCUUGCAUGGGAGAAAAAGCUCUAUGAAGAAGUGAAGGCAAGAGAGGCAGCAAAAAUAGGACACGAGAAAAAGCUACAUUCAUUACAGAGUCAAGAAUACAGAGGAGAGAAGGAGGCCAAGCUGGACAAGACCAAGGCAUCUAUAAAGAAGUUUCAGUCGCUGAUAAUGGUGGCUUCUCAAGCUGUAACAACCACUUCCUCUGCUAUUACUGCCGUCAGAGACAAUGAGCUUGGUCCUCAACUCCUUGAAUUUUGUUAUCGGUUGAUGAAAAUGUGGAAGUCCAUGAAUCAUGUUCACGAGAUCCAAAAUGAUAUUGUUCAGCAGGUCCGUGGUCUUAUAAAUCGUUCUGAUGUUGGUGAAUCAACCACCGAACUUCAUCGUCAGUCUACGCACCACCUCCAACUUGCUGUCUCAGGCUGGCAUUCUUCCUUCUUCCAGCUUACAAAGCAUCACCGUGACUAUAUCCACUCACUGCAUUCCUGGCUCAGGCUCACACUCUACCGCCUUGAUGACUCGACGGAAAAUGGCUCUGAGGGCAUAGUUCCUGCAGCCUCUGAAUCUGCCUCCAAGAUUUACAACCUCUGCGAAGAGUGGAGACAUGCUGUGGACCGCCUGCCUGACACAGUUGCUUCUGAGGCUAUCAAGAGCUUCGUCACUGUUGUGCAAGCCAUUUCCCUGCAGCAAUCUGAGGAGCUUAGGUGCCGGAAGCGAUCUGAAGCAUCAGCAAGAGAGCUUGAGAAGAAAACAGCAGCACUGAGAGCACUGGAAAAGAAGUUCUAUGGUUCAGUGAGCUCUUACUCGCUGGCAGGAAUUAAUGUACCUGGCAGCGGUUCAGACCCCACAACCAUUGAUGCAAGGGAUCCUCUAGCAGACAAGAGGCUAGUUGUAGCAUCAUGCCGGAGAAAGGCAGAAGAGGAGCUAUCGAAGCAUGCAAAGGCAGUGCAGGUAACGAGGGCAAUGACACUCAACAACGUUCAAACUGGAUUGCCCGGUGUCUUUCAGGCGAUGACAGCAUUUUCCGGUGUCUGCUCGGACACAAUUGAAGCAGUUUACAACCAUGCUAGAGAGACACUAUAGACAUAUUUAUGAUACGGCAUCUCCAGGUGAAGCCCCAGGAAGCAAGUCGAGUCAGAAGAGGAACCAUAAAGAUUUUGAAUUACUAUUUGAACGAGAAUAAGGAUUGCUAUAAACUACUUUGUAAAGUUGUACAGGAAUCUGGUGAUUGUUGCUGUAUGGUUAAUAAAUUUGGGUGUAUGAAAAAACCCGUUCUAUGGAUCUUGUUUACGUAA